GCUAAAACAGGACUGAUGGACGUGUCCGAACUCUGCAUCCCGGACCCCCUCGGCUACCACAACCAGCUGCUGAAUCGAAUGUCCUCGGAAGAUCGGCACCUGGGCUCCAGUUGCAGCUCCUUCAUCAAGACGGAGCCAUCCAGCCCAUCGUCGGGCAUUGAUGCCCUCAGCCACCACAGUCCCAGCGGCUCCUCAGACGCCAGUGGUGGCUUUGGCAUGGCCCUGGGCACCCACAGCAACGGUCUGGACUCGCCGCCUAUGUUCGCAGGUGCAGGGCUGGGAGGCACCCCGUGCCGCAAGAGCUACGAGGACUGUGCUAGUGGUAUCGUGGACGACAUCAAGUGCGAGUAUGUGAUUAACGCCAUCCCCAAGCGUCUGUGCCUCGUGUGCGGGGACAUUGCUUCUGGCUACCACUAUGGCGUGGCCUCCUGCGAGGCCUGCAAGGCGUUCUUCAAGAGAACCAUCCAAGGAAACAUCGAGUACAGCUGUCCGGCCACCAACGAGUGUGAGAUCACCAAACGGAGGCGCAAGUCCUGCCAGGCCUGCCGCUUCAUGAAAUGCCUCAAAGUGGGGAUGCUGAAGGAAGGUGUGCGCCUUGACCGAGUGCGUGGAGGUCGCCAGAAGUACAAGCGACGGCUGGACUCCGAGAACGGCCCCUACCUGAGCUUACAGAUUUCCCCACCUGCCAAAAAACCAAUGGCUAAAAUCGUCUCCUAUCUACUGGUGGCUGAACCCGACAAGCUGUAUGCUAUGCCUCCCCCUGGUAUGCCUGAGGGAGAUAUCAAGGCCCUGACUACUCUCUGUGACUUGGCAGAUCGGGAGCUGGUGGUCAUCAUCGGCUGGGCCAAACACAUCCCAGGCUUCUCGAAUCUGUCACUUGGAGACCAGAUGAGCCUGCUGCAGAGUGCCUGGAUGGAGAUCCUCAUCCUGGGCAUUGUGUACCGCUCACUGCCCUACGAUGAUAAGCUGGUGUACGCGGAGGACUAUAUCAUGGACGAGGAGCACUCCCGCCUGGCGGGGCUGCAGGAGCUUUACCGCGCCAUCCUGCAGCUGGUGCGCAGGUACAAGAAGCUGAAGGUGGAGAAGGAGGAGUUUGUGACACUCAAGGCCCUGGCUCUGGCCAACUCAGAUUCCAUGUACAUUGAGGACCUGGAGGCUGUGCAGAAGUUGCAGGACCUGCUGCAUGAGGCGCUGCAGGACUACGAGCUGAGCCAACGCCACGAGGAGCCACGGAGGACGGGCAAGCUGCUGCUGACGCUGCCCCUCCUGCGGCAGACAGCAGCCAAAGCCGUGCAGCAUUUCUACAGUGUGAAACUGCAGGGCAAGGUGCCCAUGCACAAACUCUUCCUGGAGAUGCUGGAGGCCAAGGUGUGAUGGCCCAGCACACAGACGGAUGGACACGACCCAUGUGGAGACCUCCACAGCCACCAGCCUCGACUUUCCACACCUGCAUCGGGGCUCUGAGCUGUCCCAGAGGAAGAGGUUUUUCUGCUUCCUGGCCAUGUGCAGACUCCUAGGGGCAGCAGAUGGGGAGACGGGGAUGGGAGGGUGGGGGCGGGGGGCUCAUCUGUCACCCGCAUUUUCUUUGGUAUUUUUUUUCCUUCUCCAUGGGCAGUGCUAAGGCUUGGGCCAGGGCUGACUCCCGUUAGGGCUGGAGACCACCAGAGGAAUCACCCUUCCCCACAACCAAGAAGCAGCGCAUCCAUAUCGGGGCCCCUCCCCAUUCAGGAUCUGGAUGUACCUGGAUGGGCAAUGCUUAGAGUCCAGGACCCAAAAGACAUAGAUUGGGUUCUUCUAGAGAUAUUGGUGUCAGAGAGGGCGGGUCCUUGGGGCUGGAGUGUCUCCAGAGGCCCUGCCUGCAUAGAGAGGUCUGUGGCCAGGGCCUUUGGCCGCUCAGGAGUCUCUGCGCCUCCUCAGUCCAGCUGGCUCCCUCCCCUUCCUUCUUUCCUCUUGUUCUACCACACCCAGGGUCCAGUGGGUGCUCCUGCCAGCCGCGAGUGGCCACAUCCCACCACCCUAAAAGCCCUUCCCUUGUUUCCUGCCCCAUCUCAGCCUGCUGAGGUAACUCCAGGGUAUGUAUCCAGGAACAUACUGGCUCAGAAAAGAGCUGGGUCUUGUACCUAUUGCUCCUGUUGCCUCCUCCUUCUCUUGGGCCUGGCAAGUCUAGAACUUGUUCAGGACCUGGCCCCAUCAGAGGGCACCUGGGAACCCUCACUUAAGGUCAGCAGCCUUGGUUGGGAUGUAGGAUAGGGAGAGGCCCAACAGUAGAGCGGGGAGGCAUAGUGACACCUUGGGAAGGAAGGAACUCUAAAGGUCCCUCUUGGCUCCUCCCUUACCUCAUAAAAGUCUAGGCUUUGUGUCACAGGAGGGUAGCCUCUUGAUGUUUGUUAGUGGAUGUAACCCUUCUGGAUCACCUAGCGAGACCUGACCAUCAGUUGUGUAUAGGGUGAUCCAGCAACCCAUUCCACGCUUCCUAAGAGGCUCUUUCUUAACAAACCCCUUAGCCCUAGGCACGAGGACAAAGUUCCCCUCCUAUUAGUCCCCUCAAGGGGCAGUCCUGAGUUCUCACUGGAUGUCCUGCAGCUGAAGAUGCUCCUUCUGGAAAAUAACAUGCCAGCACACUUUGGCCACUUUCCUGGGCAAUCCCCCAGGCAACACAUAUCCUGACCCCUUCCUGGAAUGUAGGAGUCCCCCUAUUUCAGGCUUUCUGGCACCUGUGACUGCUCCAGGCUCUGCCUCCUUGGUGACAUCUCCAGGAGCUGCAGGGACUCAGAAUUAGAGACUGGCUACUUCCCAUAGUUAACGCUAAACUUAGGGAGGCCUCCCUGUCCCCGUCCCUCUGUCUACAAGGAAUUGUAUCUCGGAGCCACUGGGUAAGUGGAUGUUAAGGCAUCCAUGCCUCUGCCUGAGCUCUCCUUGUCCCUGAACCAAGGUAGAUGUUACAUUCUUACUGAACUGGGUUAAUCCUUAGGGUCUGGGCUUGGUGAUCCUGGCCUCUGAAAGCCACCCCUAGCCACACUGCUGUGUCCCAGAAUUGUGGAAAGGGUGUUACCCAAAAAUAGAUCUGCCAAGUCCUCAGCCCUUCUGCUUGGCCUCCUGCCCACACCAGCAAGGGCGGGACAGAUGCCCACGGCUGGCUGAGUAGACACUGCUUUAGAGCAGUUAAAGUGGUCAGCUUUGUCUCCAUGGUCUACGAAUGCAGCUCCCCACCCCCACCCCAGAUGGAAUCCUUUUCACCCGAGGGAGCUGCUGACCUGGUGUCCCUAGAUAGAAGCUGCUUUUACAAGCUAAGAGAAUGUACUAGUGACAGCGGCAUGCACAAGCUGGAUUGCCUGGGCACCUGGAGUCGGAGGGGUAGCGCAAACUUGCUCAAAGACUAGAUGAGAGAUGUCUGUGAGGCCAGAGCGCUCAGGAAGAGUGAGAGCUGUCCCUCUAUCACCCAGCUCCCCUAAUCAGAGCAAAACCUCAGGCUCCCCGCUAUGUCCAUUUCUGGAAUACUUGGAGAGCAGAGCGCCCUUCGCGGUUGAAUGCUCAGAUACAGCUUAUUUAGGUUAUUUCAACCCGAGAAAUAAACAAUCGGCUUUAGAGGAGGCCCCGGCUGGGGUUUAUUUCACUCCUUUGUCCCCUCCCCUUUCCUGAAGGUUCUGGAUGGUUUUGUCAUGCCUCCUGGUUUUUGUUGCGUACACAAACUGACGACUUUCCAGGGCCUCAGCUUGAGGAGGACUAAGCGGCUCUCAUCUGGGGUCAGCAAGGUCAGAGCCUAUGCCUUCUGCCUGGUCCCUCCCUCCAGACUCCUUCUGUGGGAGACAGGCGACAGGCGAGGAGGAGAGCGGAGUCCAAGCCCAUGGAACAGCACCAAAGAGAAGCACUAUGUGGAGAGAUUGCUUUAUUUUCUGAUAAUGAUAUCGUGGCUGGAAUGGCAUAAGAUGUAUAUAUUUUUUAACCGGCAGUCCUUCGUGCCGCCCACCCUUCCUGUCUGUAAUUCUCGUAUGUGUUCUCCCAUAUAGCCCCCAUGUAAAUCACAUGCCCCGGGGUUCUCCCAUCCGGUCCCAUGUAUCUGGAAUCUAAUAAAUAGGGAAAGGUG